GUCCGUGCUACGUUACCUCGGCGACCGCCGGGUCUGCAACAACUCGUGGUAAGCACCGGCUUUGCAGGUAUGGGGACCCCUCCAGGCCUGCAGGCCGACUGUGAGGCGCUGCUCAGCCGCUUCCAAGAGAUGGACAGUGUUCGCUUCGAGGACUUCACGGAGCUCUGGAGGAGCAUGAAGUUUGGGACCAUCUUCUGUGGUAAAAUGAGAAAUUUAGAGAAGAACACGUUUACAAAAGAAGCUUUAGCUUUGGCUUGGCGAUAUUUUUUACCUCCAUAUACCUUCCAGAUCAGAGUUGGUGCUUUGUAUCUGCUGUAUGGAUUAUAUAACACCCAACUGUGUCAACCCAAACAAAAGAUUAGAGUUGCCCUGAAGGACUGGGAUGAAGUUUUAAAAUUUCAGCAAGAUUUGAUAAAUGCACAGCAUUAUGAUGCAGCCUAUAUUUUUAGGAAGCUACGACUAGACAAAGCAUUUCACUUUACAGCAAUGCCCAAGCUGCUGUCAUGUAGAAUGAAGAAAAAAAUCCAGCGAGCUGAAGUUACAGAAGAAUUUAAAGACCCAAAUGAUCGUGUAAUGAAACUUAUCACUUCUGAUGUAUUAGAGGAAAUGCUGAAUGUUCAUGACCAUUAUCAGAACAUGAAACAUGUAAUUUCAGCGGAUAAGUCCAAUCCAGACAAAGCCCUCAGCUUGAUAAAGGAUGAUUUUUUCGAUACUAUUAAGAACAUAGUUUUGGAGCACCAGCAGUGGCACAAAGACAGGAAGAAUUCAUCUUUAAGAUCAAAAGUUAAAGAUGGAGAAGAAAAGAAGGAAGGAAAUUCACAAGAAUCAGAGAGCUGUGAAAGGGCAGAAACAUUAGCAAAAAUUAAAUCAAAGGCCUUUUCAGUUGUUGUUCAGGCUUCCAAGUCAAGAAGGCAUCGUCAAGUCAAAGUUGACUCUUCUGACUCUGAUUCUGCAUCUGGUCAAGGACAGAUCAAAGCAACCAGGAAGAAAAGAAACAAAGAAACACUGAAAUCAGUAGGAAGGAAGAUGUCUUCCAGAAAAAGAGGAGACGUACAGAACCUGCAGAAGGAAGACAGAUGCCUGAGUCUGAGCAUGCCUGUAAUUACGGAAGAGGACGAGGAGAACGGCAGUCACAGUGAAGCAGAGGUCACUGUGCCCAAGAGGAAAAGAAAACUUAGAAAAAAGACCCUGGUGUAGAGUUCGUAAUUUUGAGCCUUCUGACAGAAGAAAAGAUUUAUACUUUGUAUGUUGAACAGAAGACUUCCGUUAUUAAAAAUAUUUCUUCUGAGAAACUGUAGGUUAUUUCUUUGAAAUGGCAAUACUUUAACAUAGUUCUAGAAUAAAAAUACAAAAACUUAGAGUAAGAAUUUAUUCAAAUUUAUUUUUAACACUUUUUAUGAAAUCUGCAUAAAUGGAGAGAAAAUUUUGAUUUAGAAUGUAAUAGAAGUAAUCCUGUUAUUUAAAAAAUGUUAAUAUUUCUUAUAACUUUUGUGAUAUUUGUCAAGUACAGUUUUGGUAAUAUAUUUAAAAACUUUUUUCUUUAAAUAUUAAUGUUUAUUGCAUAUAAAUGGCUAAUUAUUUUGUAUCUACAAUUUGUUAAUGGACUUGUGAUGUAUAUUAACUAUUUUAUAUAUUGCAUGGUUAAGUGCACUCAAGCUUUUUGCCUUAUUUGCUUUAUUUUUUAAUAUAGGAAAUUUACAUGGUAACUUAAGUGAUUGAUAGCUUAAGAAGCUCAGUUUCCACUUUUGUAGUCAAUUAUAUAUUUUUUGGUGCUUGUUUUAAAGCUCCCUUGGCCUAACAUUUAUGUGUGUAUGUAUGUAUUCUGUUUAUAUAUGUAUAGAUACAUGUAGGCAUCUGUCCAAAUACAUAUAUAUAACAUGAUUAGUAAAUGUAUUAAGGACAGCAUUUAAAUACUGAUUAUUUCUGAUAAAAUCUUUAAGAGUGGUAAUGUAAGUUCCAGAAUGUGUCUAUGGUUAUAGAAUAGUUGGUACUCAGAAGAAAAUUCUACAGCUUCCUAAAUGUGCUUCACUGUUAAUUUCUCAUUUGCGACAUUUAAACGGGAUUGCCUGGGCCACAUUGUUUAGAUUGCUGCCAGUAGCAGACCCUCUCCCUAUCAUGGGGGCUCGCCCGUCUGACAGUUCAUUCUGCCCCGUGCCGUUUUCCGGCAUUGCGUGUUCAGGAAUUCUGUAAAUGCCCUGUGAGUGACAAUGUGUGAUACCUAUAAUCUUGUCAAAUCAAACUGCUAACACUUGCCCAAGUAAAACUUUAAUUCAUUAGAAUAUAUGUCAUCACACUAGCUACUGAACAAAAUUGUUUCCCAUGCAUGACACGUGGACAUUGGGCAGAGCUUCUGGGAUUUAAAUAUUCCAGGGUUGGGACACUUGGAAGUAUGGACCCAUUAUUGGCCAUUUGUAGACCAGGUUAUUCGUUAGAACUUGUCUGAUUAUUCAAGUUUGUAACAUUGUACGGCUAACACAGUGAGCAGCCCUCUAUUUUUUCAUAAUAGUACUUGUAAAAUACUAGGUAUCAUUUCACAUGUACAGUGAAGAAACUAUACCUCCAGAUGCCUUGCCACACUUGAUAAAGUUAGUAAGUAGUGUGUCUGUGGGUACAACAGCAGACUCUGGCCUAUAAUUUCAUUGCCAUUUUAUAUAAGCCAACAGAAGCAGAAAUCCAGAGGAAUACCUUGGACUGUAAGCAUUAAGCCAUUUUCAUGUGGCUUAAACAAUAAAGUUUAUUUUAAAACCAGAUGAGUCGCAGUUAUAUAAUGUGUAGUACAUCAGUUCCAUGAUGGCUUCAUACACCCAGGUGUGGGUCCUUGGGGAGAGCUUUAUGUCAUAUAGGGAGCUGUGCACCAGCCAAGUUCCCAGACAGUAGCCGAAAGCCGACCACGCAGACAGGCCUUCCCAAGGACAACAGCCUUGAGCCCUGCCCUGUUACCUCUUCUGCACAGGUGGGCGCCUGUCAUCUUUCCACUAUUUCCAACAGUGCUGGGUUGACCUUUGUGUGUACAUCUUGGUGUUUCUGUUGGGUAGAUUUACAUGUGAAUUUGCUCUUCAAAUUGUGUGUGUAUGUAUAUACACACAAAUAAUUUCGAUAAUUAUUGCCAAAUUGUUCUCCAAAAGUACUGCCAACUUACAUUCCUACUAACUGUUUUUGCAAGGGACUGUGUACUGUUUAUCUUUGUAAUUGUCAGUUGAAUAUAGCCUGGAUCUUAACAACAGAAAAUGUAAAAAGAUAGAUAAAAGUAACAAAAUUAUACUAAGGAUAUGUGAGUUGUUAAAGCAUCUGUAGUGUUCUAGCUGAUAGCAAGUUUUUCAUGAAUAUAUUAUGAAAAUAUGGUAUGAAUCAGUUGAUAGCUUUGCUUUAAAUGUGAAAUCAGAACUUAUCAAACAGAGUUAAAAUAGGAAAUAUUUGUGUUCAACAGUAGGUUUUCAGAAUUAAAAUGUGUUCAAAUACUAGUUACCUGUUAAAUUAAGCUGUUUCCAUUUUCAGCUUAAUUGCAAUAAAAUGUCUGUACCAAGUCA